GCGACGUCAGCGAGCGUCAAAUGAAGCCAGCAACAGCGGGGGCCGCUCGUCGGCAGUUCGCGCGCAGGCGCCGCGAGCAGCAACAGCAACCACAGCAACAGCAGCAGCAGCAGCACCAGCAGCGCAGGACACGCCUGAGUCCCGUAUGGAACUCCAACUGGAACAGCGAAAAGCGUGCGCCGGCGGGAAGGUUCUCCAACAUAGCCAUCGUGCGACCCAGCAGGAGCUCCACCCACGCCCCGAAGACCCCCCGCCCGGCCAGAACAUGUCUGCAUCCCAAGGGGAUGCACUCCUUCUCCAACCCCCACCUGCCGCUGCCGCACGGCAAGGAACAGGCGAAUGCCGGCUUUGGGAAGAGCAGGAACCGCAUGCCGGUGACCUUAUCCCGAACGGCCUUCGGACGGUCCUACACACCUCCGUCCGCUACUGGCAGCCAGCGGACCAAAGGCAGGCCGCGGCCGAUGAUCGGUGUAAUCCCUAAGGGAGCCAAGGCCAAUGGUCAAGGAUCGCAUGUGUGCUCCAGCUCGGAUCACGUGGCGCUGCCAUUGCUAUCGUCCCGUGUGCCGGGGAACAAGGCCUUGGCCGAGUCCCACCAGCAGCUGGAGAUGCUGCUCUCCGGGAUCGAGCGGGAGAGUUACGUAGCACCUUCCCCGCAUCCGCCCGCGUGUGCCCGCCGUUCCGGAUCGGUCCGAGCUCGAAACGGAUCGAGGAUCUCGAAGGGGGUUCGCCGCCAGAUGGGUAGACACCCGCCAGCGCCGGCCGUAUCGCCCAUGCUCAGUGCCCGUUACAAGGAGAAUGAUUCAGAGGGGGCGGAUCAUAUCCGACACCUGGUACCAUUGGCCUGCAAUCCGCAGCUGCUGCCGCCGGCCAAGCGGGAAGCGUUGCUGGAGCUGAUAUCGCGGGCCGAGCAGCACGACAAUGGUAUAGUGGAAUUGCUGCGGUCUUCCACCGAGAAUUCCUCCAGGGAUCCCAAGCUGUCGAUGUUCCAGAUGCUACCCCUAAGCCUGAACGAGUCGCCGUAUAGCGAAAAGAUCUGGACAGGAUGCAGCCAGGAGCUGCCUCAGCAACUUCGAAUCGAGGAUGAGCGCCUAAAGGAGGCAAAGAUCCUUCGCAGUCCAAAUGGACAGAUGCUCCUAUCGCGCACCUUGGAGGAGGAGCUCAAGGACGAGAAGAUGGUGCUGAACUACAUGGAGGCGGAACUCAAGAGGCGGCAGCAGCCGGAAGCUUCUGAUCCGGAGCCGCUAAACGAGCGCCAGCAGCAGGCCAUGCGGGAGCGGGCCGAGCUGGACCAGAAUAAGCAGCUGGUGAGCGAAUGCCGGGAGAGACGCCGCCAGUCCCAUCUCAAGAAGGAGCUGGCCGGAAACCUCAAGAAGCAGCGGCAAGAGAAAGUCGCUCCCCGCAGGAAGUUGGCCAAAGUUGUUCCUGAAAGCGACUGUGAAGAAGAGGACGUUCCGCUCUGGUCCGUUCCUCAUAGGGAUAGUCAAGCGUCACUCAUCGUCCAACAAUCCAUGGCCACUGAAGAUGUUGACCCCCUGAAUGAGCUCAUCGAACGGCGGAAUGAAUUUCAGCCACAUUCUCAAGCUAUGAUCUUUCCUGAGAGCGAGGAUGAAGAAAAGGAUGCUCCGUCGCCAUCCAUUCUCCGGAGGAGCAACCAACCCUCACCCUCACCCCAGCAAUCCGAAGCCAACGCAGAUGUUGACGACCUGAAUGACCUGCUCGAGCGGCGGCAUCAGUUCCAGGUACAUUCCCAAGCCAUGGUUGUUCCUGAAAGCGAGUACGAAGAAGAGGACGUUCUGCCCUGGUCCGUUCCGGAUAGGGAUAGUCAAUCCUCACCCACCGUCCAACGAUCCGUGGCCACGGUAGAUGUUGACCCCCUGAAUGAGCUCUUCGAAGAGCGGAAUCAAUUUCAGAUACAUUCUCAAGCCAUGGUCUUUCCUGAGAGCGAAGAUGAAAGUAACGACACCCCCCCCUCAUACAUUCUCCGGAGGCUCCAGCGAUCCGUGGCCAAGGCAGAUAUUGACCCUCUGCACGAGCUCCACAAAUGGCGGUAUCAGUUCCAGUUGAAUUGUCAGGCCUGUUGCCUUUACAAAAACCGCCGAAGCUCAACACCCUGGGAGAAUAUUGCAAGUGUGGCCACGAAAUGCAGCUUGGAGUUGUUGGACAAUGUGCUGGCCGCAUUGAAUCGCCGUGAGUCCAGCGACAGAGACGAUUCUGAGGACAGCGAAAUGUCCGUAUAGAGAAACCUGCCACUGAUUGUUGUCUCCCUCAUUGUUGUCUCCCAACAUUUUUAAAAAUUGUACACCAAAGUAUGAGCAAAUCCUGAGCUCUCGUUGGGACUAAUCUUAGCAUUGGUUCCAAGUAAAUUGAAAGUAGUUCGAAAUUCAGAUUAACCCAAAAUAAUAGUCGUGUACCUUCAAAUUUGGUUCUUGAAAUUUAAUUAAAUUCCCCAUAGGUUCCAAAUACUAUAUACUCGGAUUUCUUCUUCUUUGGUUCCAUUUUCGCGUAAAGCCUAAAAGCAGGCAACACUUUUUGGUGCUCUCCGAAGUACGUAAGCAUUGAUUUUUGGGAAGUUGAAUCAAACGUAUCCAACGAUUUUUGAUAACCUUAAACUGGUUUAAUUCGACUUGUCCUGAGAUCAUGAGUUUUCAAAAUCAAAAUUUCGAUUGCAGCCGACUAAAAGCUUCAUACAACAAAGAAUUAAAUACAAAUUUAUGGAGCCCUCUAGUCCGUCACAAAAAGUGGUAUCAAGUCAGAGUUUGUUUUCGUCUGCUGCAUAGUGUUAUCUGUAGACCAGCUCCAUUGAUUGUGGGGCUGCAUAAAUAAGACAUGUUUUAUGGUAUGCUUAUCAAGUCUCUAAAUACUUUCAUUUAAAGAACCUUGAAAAGUCAUUCUCGCUUUAAUAGUUCUCAAGAAGCACGUAUCAAAUUAAAUUCAUCAAUCUAUACAGGGGGCUAUAGGGUGUGCAUGCGGAAUGCGCUUAGCAACUAACUAUGUUUAGUUUACGCCCUAGACUAAAUUAUCCAAUAGGUUCGUACUUAAUCCAAAUUACUCUGAGCGGGAAAAACAUCGCGUUUUCCUGUUGUUACGAGUACAGUAAGUGGGCUCAAGGCUGGUCGCUUGAAGAGUGUACAUACGUAUGUGAGUUUGGAUGUGGGAGGGGGGUCUCUGGAGGUGAUGUCAACAGUGGCUAG